AUGCCGAGCGCGCGGGAGUUGAGCCAGAAUGUUCGAAAUUUGAGUGGGCCCAUGAGCGGCGCGGCGAGGCGAGCGAAGGGGGCGAUGCGACCGGGAAACGGCGGACGAGGCGCGAGGAACAGAGCCGAUGACGUCAUCGAACGACGAAGGAAGAUAGAGCGAGAGAUGAAGAGUCAGAUGGUGGAGAAAGAGGUGGAGUCGCUGGUGAAGAAACGGGCUCGCCGAGCGUUAGACGUUGAGCGCAUAGAUUUGCGCGAUGGAAGCAUUCUGUUUAAAUUUAAGGUGCAGAACGAACCCGCGGUGAGCGCGGAGGAGGAGCGUCUGUUGGCGAUGGAGGUGGAAAAGCGUCUUUGGGGCGACACCAAAACGAAUGAUAACGUCAUCGCUCGUUGGUUCAUGACUGUGAAAUACCUCGCGUCGACUCUGAGCUUCGAGAACGCCCUCGUAUACGUCGCGACGACCCCAUUCAGGAUGGUUUUUUGGAGUCUGGCGUACGUCUUGCGCGCCGUCUUUUGGAUCGUCACCGGUCGCUCGGGCGUCUCCGUUCGCGCCUCGGGACGCGCCAAGCGACAGUUACGGCAAAUCAACACCGUCGUCACCACCGGUCCCGAGCGCGGGUUCAACCCUUUCGGGAGCGUGAAAAGCCGUCCGAACUGGCGCGCCGAAUAA